GACGUUAAUUCUAUAUGAGCGCGAGCGGCGGGAGCGCGGGUCCUUUCAAAACGCCGGCCGCGCGGCGCCUGCCGCCUCGCUGUCCUGAAGUCACCGGCCCGCGGGCCGCGCAGUGUUUGAAAUCUAGCAGAAUGGCAGACAUAGACAACAAAGAACAGUCUGAACUUGAUCAGCAGGAUAUGGAAGAUGUUGAAGAAGUGGAAGAAGAGGAAACUGGUGAAGAUGCCAACAGCAAAGCUCGGCAGUUGACUGUGCAGAUGAUGCAAAAUCCUCAGAUUCUUGCAGCUCUUCAGGAAAGACUUGAUGGUCUGGUAGGAACAUCUGCAGGAUAUGUAGAAAGCUUGCCUAAAGUUGUUAAAAGACGUGUGAAUGCUCUCAAGAACCUUCAAGUUCAGUGUGCACAGAUAGAAGCAAAGUUCUAUGAGGAAGUUCAUGAGCUGGAAAGAAAAUAUGCUGCUCUCUAUCAACCCUUAUUUGACAAGCGAAGUGAAAUCAUCAAUGCAAUUUAUGAACCUACAGAAGAAGAAUGUGAAUGGAAAGCAGAUAUUGAAGAAGAAAUUUCAGAAAUGAAAGAGAAAGCCAAGCUUGAAGAAGAAAAAAAAGAUGAAGAAAAAGAAGACCCCAAAGGAAUUCCUGAGUUUUGGCUGACAGUAUUCAAGAAUGUGGACUUGCUCAGUGAUAUGGUGCAGGAACAUGAUGAACCUAUCCUGAAAUACUUAAAAGAUAUAAAAGUGAAAUUUUCAGAAGUUGGACAGCCUAUGAGUUUCACAUUAGAAUUUCAUUUUGAACCAAACGACUACUUCACAAAUGAAGUGUUGACAAAGACAUAUAGAAUGAGGUCAGAACCAGAUGAUUCUGAUCCCUUCUCCUUUGAUGGACCGGAAAUCAUGGGUUGUACAGGUUGUCAAAUAGACUGGAAAAAAGGAAAGAAUGUUACUUUGAAAACCAUUAAGAAGAAGCAGAAACAUAAGGGCCGUGGAACAGUUAGAACUGUGACAAAAACUGUUUCCAAUGACUCUUUCUUCAACUUCUUUAGUCCUCCUGAAGUUCCUGAAAGUGGAGAUCUGGAUGAUGAUUCUGAGGCAAUCCUCGCUGCAGACUUUGAAAUAGGUCAUUUCUUGCGUGAACGUAUAGUCCCCCGAUCAGUAUUGUACUUCACGGGAGAAGCUAUUGAAGAUGAUGAUGAUGACUAUGAUGAAGAAGGUGAAGAGGCAGAUGACGAGGAGGGAGAAGAAGAAGCAGAUGAAGAAAAUGAUCCUGAUUAUGACCCAAAAAAGGAUCAAAACCCAGCAGAAUGCAAGCAGCAGUGAAGCAGUGUGUAUGUGGCCUUGAGGAUUACCUGCACUGUAAUAGCCUAAACACAACUAUUAGUUACUUACAGCCUUAUGUUUUGUAUCUUGGUAGAAUUAAGUAACCAAUUUGUUAAAAAAAGAAAUCAAACACAUAAGAACCAGUUUAAAAUGUAGGUUCAAUCUACCUAGCAUUUUAACAGUAUAAUUUUCUGCCAAUAUGUAGAAUGCAGUAAAUUCCCUAAAGCAUGAAUGUUAAUUCAUUGCUACAUAGUUUGGUUCUUGUGAAGUCUUUGUCAUGUAGCUAUUAGACUGCAGCUGUGAAGAUUAUCAGAACUGUUAACUGAGACCAAUAUUUGUUUAGAGAAAACUCUCUCCUGAAGAACCAACCAAAGUAUUUUUCAGCCCAGUAGUCUGAACGGGUUUAAGUCUGCUUGCACUAGCUGUGCCUUCAUUACUUUGUUAUAGAAAUGGCAGUGACUUGUACUAACUAGGAGAUGAUGAUGCAUUUUGAAUUUGACUACUUGAGAAGACUAGUAUAACUUGUUUAAUUUCCAAUGAGACCACAUUAAACAUUCAUAACUGUCAGCUUGUUUAUGCUAUGGGUUUUGUAUUUUAUGUGACACAGUGAUCUACAAAAGAAACCUAGUCAUCAUAUUAAGGUUAUUGUUUACCACUGGGGUGUGAAUAAAACCUAGUAUUUUCAGAAGCUAGUCUUGUUUUAUUAUGUUUGUAUCUGCACGUGUAAACUGGUAAGAUGUAUCUUACAUGCUGCAGUUCAUGUUUUACUUGAAACAAACGUUGAUAAUUACUGACAAGUAAGUUAUAUAGCAUUUGAAAAACAAACACAGUAGUUUGGAAAGUUUGAUCAGUACUUUCUGUUUGCAGUGUGAUACUUGUGAAUCUGAGCUAGAUGUUCCAGUGAUUGGUCCACACUGCCAUUUUAGAGAAGACAAGUCCUUAGAAAUGGGGCUAGAUCUGAUAAAGGACUUCGGUAUUGCCGUGCCUGACUUUAAGGCAUUGCAUAUUAGUAUGAAAUCUGAAGCAAAGUGCCUUGGAUUUUCAGUCUGUGUAGAACAGAGCUAUGUUAUCCUGAACAAAACCUACCCUGCAGCCGAAGGGAGUGCUAGAACACUUAGCUCUAUUCUAGUUUGUCCUCACUGUUUCAUCUGUGGAGGAGGAAACAAACUGGAAAGAAUUCCUCUUUCUUCACCUAGUGUUCUGUUCAUGUGCUUGUUAUGGCAUGUUCUGGUUCAUACUUUUGUCCAUAUUGGAUGUUUAUUCUCAGUUGAAACACAGGGGCUAGAAGACCUUUCUCAUUCUAACCUUGCCUCUAGCCUAUUAGUGGAGGUGCUGGAUGAUGCUGAGUUUUCCCAGUCAGUAGCAUGCUACUGUACUCUGUGCAGUCUUGUCCUUCACAGAUAACUAUAUCAGUUCUGAUCUUCUAAAUAAGUAGUUAGAGAGCUUUUUUGGGCAUAGAAGGGUCUUGUAGGAUUGGAAAGAAAUGUCCAGCUAUCUGUGGAUUUAUUUCUGCAGUAGCUACUUUUUUUUUUUUUGUGCCACUCCUAUACUGACUUAGUUUGGAAAGACCAGGGCAAGCAGGAGUCAAUAACAUGAGGAUAGGGCUGGUAGAAGAGUUUCUCUAGCGUGUCUCUUGCUUGGAGGGUAAGUAAUGCAGAAUGAACCUUAUCCCAAGUGCCCUUCUGAAUCAUCAGGCCCCCUGAGAGGAUGUGGGCCUAGUGUCCUCUGACUAAACUGUUUUUUGUUUUAUUUGUUCUUAUUUUUAAUGCCUUGAAGGUUUAAAUAUCACACUGCUUCAUUUCAGAAUCCCUGUCGGGCUUUGUCCCUCUCAGGAUAUCCAUGGAUUUGGGAAAAGGAGCUCAUGUUAUCUAUAGCUGUAUAUAAAAUAGGACUGUUGAAGCUGUGAUCUUGGGUGUUUUUUAGGUAACACAUAUAUCAUAGCAUAGAAAAACGCGGUUAUGAAAGGUUAACAAUCGUUCUCUAGUAGCUGUGUGUUAAAGUAGGUGUAGUUGUGUUCUUGUGAUACCAGAAUAUGCGUGUCCUUUGAGGCGGUGACCCUGCCAGGUGUUUGGGUUUCACAUGGUCUCUUUGCUGAGCAUCUCCCAGGUUUAAGUUUAAACUUCAGGGUAUGUGGAGACCAAACUAUUGGCAUGUUAUGAGCUUGAGCAGUCAUUAAUAUGGGGCUUCGGGAUUCAUACUUCUGGACAUGCGAAGUCUCUGAAGUCCUUACUUAGAUCUAGCCCAUUUUUGCUAACAGCAUCUGGAAUCCGUAUCUUAAAAAGAAAAUGAACUGUUAAAAGUUGUCUAAGUUUCAAAAUUCACUGUACUUAACAAAUUUGGCUUGUUCUUUGAUUGCUUUCUCGUUUAACAUCUUCAUAACAUACAGUGGGAUACAAUAUUUCAAAAGGGGAGUUGGUACAUGUCAAGGCACACCUGCAGCCUGCAAGAUCCAGGGCCAUGAAUCCAUUUUUACUGACAGAUUUUGGUAAGCUUCUCUCUGGAUUGACUUGCUAGUUCUAAAGCAGCAGUUCUUGUGGUCUCCAGACUGCAGGAAAAGGAAGGAUAAAAUAUAAAUAAGGUGCCAUUUCUUAUGGCAUUGGUUAAAUAAAAACUUCUGGUGCUUAACAUAGUUUUGUUAUCAACGACACUGUUGUUUAGCAGUUCUGAAAGGCAGUAUGUAGCAGGAACAUUAAACUUUCAACAUUGAUUGGAGUGUUAUGACUCAUUCUUUUCACAUAGAGCAUGUCCUCAUUUCGUAUUUGAGAAGGAUAAGUUACCAUGUUAAGAAGUUCAUGCUAGGAAAAUAUGUCACUGAAAUGGAAUUUCUUGGGCAGUAGUUGCAGUACCACACCAAAGUUUAGCAUCUGUGUAAAUGGUGUCUUCUGUCCAGUUUUGGUUGCUGUAUCAAAGGGUGACUUAUCUUGAAGAAAAGUGGGAGGUUGGUGAGGGAAGAGGUAGGAGAAUUUAAUGAGACUUGAAUGACAGUGAAGUGUGCUCAGAGUUUAUACUUGAUGGAGAGGGGAUGGUUCUUCAUAAUUCUAUACUUUUAGCAAUCCAGAUUAGAUUACAUUAGCACUAAAGAGUUUGCCUGUUUGAUAAAAUUUUGGUUGUGUUAAAAAAAAUAAUAAUUAAAAAAACCCAACAGCAUCCUGAAAUAAAGGAGACCAAAUUUAAGGUUAGUAUUCUGAGGGUUUACUUUUUGGAGAAGGGUGAUGUCAGGUGCAGUUCGAAGUGUUACCUUUGGUUACAUGAACACUAUCAUAGCAACGCUGCUUACCAAUGUCUCCUACAGCUAACUAGCUUCAUAAGCUUGGAUUCUUACUUGGAUUCUUGGAACUGAUGUUUCCCAAGCUAAUGGCAGAUACUGUAAUUUUGACAUGUUUUGGUUUUUAAGUGAAAACCUCAUUGGAAUAUAGAAAAAUACAGAAAUUGAAUGUGUUCAUCUUUGCCUUCCAGCUGGUACUUCAACUUUCCCUGUGUUUUAAGGCUAGUUGUUGUAGACCUGACUUGGAAAUCGAUGGGAAGCUUAUAUACGGAUGGGUGAUUAACUUGUCUGCUGAAAGUUUUUUAUUUCCUAAAGUAUCUAUGCAGCAGUUGUUUCUCAGAUGCUUCCUGUUGGGCAGAGGAUUCUGGUGUGGCAUUCUCAGUGGCUUAAGGAAGCAAAAUGCUAAACCCCUCUGUACAGAGGGGGCAGCCUGAUAAUGAAGGCAUUUCUGUAUGGAACAGCCUUCAUGGUCUGCUAGGUUGGGGCUACAGGUGCAUGGAUAUUGAAGUAGGUAGACUCAGCUCUACAGCACUUUUUCCUUUAUUCUGUGCAGAUGUGUCCUCCUUCAAUCCAAGACUUUCUUGUGCAGGUUGGAGAAACUGUUGCUACCACACCUCCAGUUUUGUUUCUUAAUAACUGCUCGGUUCUGUUUGAGAUGCACUGAUUCCCCUCAAGUUUUCAAAAAGGUGUCGAAAUAAUUCCUAAUGCUUACCUGAAGAGAACAUAAAUUCCCUACUGGAAAUAGUAAGUCUUACUUCUAUACACUAGCAAGAGGAGUUGAAGUUUGUCCAUGUGGGAUGUUGGACAAGAUUUAUCUCAUUGCUCUUUAAAUCCUCCUGUUAGACCUUUGGCAAGGCCUAGUAGUCUUCCACAUGUGACUUGUUUCUCAGCUUUUUAGGAAAAUCAGAACAAGUAAAGCAGGCAGGAUGACACACAAAGUACAGAUAAGCUAUUCUAUAUUUGGCUCUGCUUGGUGUAUACCAGAAAUGGGUGUACAAGGCGUGAGGGGCUGCGGCAGAAGGGUUCUUUUGUUCACAGGCAUUUAACUAAAGCAUGUAAAUUGACAACAUGAGUUGGCUCUGCAGCUACAGGAGGUGCUUAAACCCUGUUAUGAACUUGGCUUCUAUGUCCUUCAGUGUUGUAAUUGCCCAAAUUUAUGUUUGCCCUGCAGUGGAGAAACAGUAUGUUCUGAACUUGCAGAAUGUUUUACUGUGGUGGUCAAGUCUGAGAAACUUAAAUCCCUUUACAGACUAGUUUUUCUCUACAAUGUGUGCUUAAGUACUUUUUUAAUAUUUUUGGAAGAAGGAGGUAUAUACAGCUGUCUGUGAGAUGGAGUUCAUAAAAAGAAAAGUCUCUCCCUGAGAUCACCUGUUCAGUGUUUCAGUGUUCUGUCAGCAGCAAGUUGCAGUGAAAUUACUGGGAGAUAGUAAUGGUCAAGAAAAUCCAUUAAGGAUUAGCCACUUACUGUCCACUUGCUUUAAUGACAUAUUGCAACACAUCUAUUUGUCAUGUAUUUCUCAUGAAAUUUCCCCUGACUUAUUUUCUCCCUCAUUUUCCUUCUGUUUAGCAAUGACCAGCUCAUAUUUCAUUUAAGUUUCCUUCUUAACCCUUUUUCUGUUUUAGUCACUUCUCAGAAGAAGUUAUGAUGCUUCAGGGUUUUCGCUCAGGAUACGUUUAGCAUCCCUUUGAAACUAAUAGUUGAUAGGUGAUGUCAAGCUGCUGUCUGCAGAUUCUGGCAGAACACUAGGAAAAUAUGAGCUUUUUAGUUUUUCACAGUCACUUCCCAAAACAAUGUUUAACUUGCCUCGGGAUUUAAAAAGAAGACUUUAAAUACUCAACCAUAAUUAUUCUCUAAUUAAGGUUGCACAUACAAAAUUUCAACAAAGUUAGGAAGGUUACGAUACAGGAGACCAGAGUAUUUAACAAGAAAGCAUUUCUGUUACCAGUAUCAACUUUGAACACAGAAAAGGAAAAAUUCAGUAUGAAAUACAUAUAUCUCACAUGGUAGAGGCUUUCAAGGAAUCAGAUUAGGUGUUUUUUCAGGUUGUAGUAUCUCAGGUUUGACAGUAGGAGGCAUCUUCUCAUCAGCCAUUUCUGGGUGGAUGCAGAACCUGCAUGGUGUUUCAGUGAAACUGCAAUAAAGGUAGCAGAUGUGGAACAUUUAAUAAAAUUGUAGUGGUUUAAAUGUAUAUUACAAGGAAAGUAAAAUCUCACUGGGAUAAUGUAGUGUGCUUAACUGUACUGAAUGUGGUUUUUCAAAAUAGUAACAAAUAUUUACAAAAGUUCAGUUUUGACUUGCAUCUAGGAAAAUGAAGUUUGUUAUCCUUUACUAGCAAACUCUGCACAAUUAAAUUGGGUUAUCUUGUUCUUUUACCAUGUAAUUGUCAGUAUUUCAUCUUACCCCAUUCUCUUAGCUUUUGGUGGGUUUAGUCAAAUGUAGUGUAUUUUAAAUGGCUGUUAAUAUUUGUUGGCUUACAGAGUACAAGUUUAAAUGGAUGUUUUGCAUGUUUGCUUCUGAUCACAUGCUUAGGUGAAUUUCACCAGGAAUAAACAGUUGUUGUAAGUCUA